ACAGCCCUGCGACGAGAGCGCCAGGAGUCAUGAAGAUCCUGAAGGUAAGGGAGGCAUUCCUUACAGAUUACGAAGUCCUCGCACAUUUCAGAGAAAUUGAGGAACGGCAGAAGGAGACAGCGCGAGUACUGGGUUCAGCAGCUGCUCUGGGCUCAGCGAACUUCAGGACUAUCCAGUAUGAGCUUCUUGAUUACCUGAAAUCAUCUCCAGCAGCAAACUAUACCGCAGAAGAGAUCGUUCAACUGUCUCAGGAUCUUGCACACUUCGAUCUCACGAAGGCAGAAACACUGCAGAUCAUUAACUCGAGACCAAAAGCUGCAGUGGAUUUAUACAACAUUGUUGAGGAAAUGGAGAAUCGGAUGAGUGAGGAAGACAUGCACGCCAUUCUCGGGUUAUUUGGGGUUACGGCUGAGGAGAAUGCAGAAAUGGAGAAUGGUGAGGGGUACGAGGAAGGUGGAGAGGGAUAUGAGCACCAGGAUGGACAGGAGGGCGGAUACCAGGAAGGCAGGUCCCAAGAGGAAGAAUAUCAGGAGGAACAUCAAGUCAGAUAUCAAGACAAUGAGGAAGAAGCCAAGGCGGAACACGAUGACGAUGACGAUGCAAUGGAGGAAUAAUCAGACUUAAAGGAUGGCGUACGAUACCAAACGGAAAAGGAUAUAGACAAUCACAAUAUACCCAAGGCAAAACAUCGUCUAUGAUUAAUCAAGAUUUUUACUUUACACUCCCAAU